UCCCUCUCUCUCUCUCUCUCAUCCACCGUCUCAGUUGCCGCUCCGACCAAAUGGCGGCCGAAAUCCAAGCAAAGAAGCAGAAACAGUCUCAAAAGCAAUGGUCGCUGCAAGACUUCGAGAUCGGAAGACCCCUUGGCAAGGGCAAAUUCGGCCGCGUCUACCUCGCCCGCGAAGCCAAGAGCAAGUAUAUAGUGGCACUGAAGGUGAUAUUCAAGGAGCAGAUAGAGAAGUACAGGUUGCACCACCAGCUGAGGAGGGAAAUGGAGAUUCAGACCGGUCUCCACCACCCCAAUGUGCUCAGGCUCUAUGGCUGGUUCCAUGAUGAUGAGAGAAUCUACUUGAUUUUGGAGUAUGCUCAUCGAGGGGAACUUUAUCGCGAGCUUCGAAAAACUGGCCACCUUUCUGAGAAACAGGCUGCCACUUACAUUGCAAGCCUUACCCAAGCAUUGGCGUAUUGUCACCAGAAGGAUGUGAUUCACAGGGAUAUCAAGCCAGAGAAUUUGUUACUUGAUCAUGAGGGUCGUCUAAAGAUUGCAGAUUUUGGGUGGUCUGUACAAUCCAGAAGCAAGAGGCACACCAUGUGUGGAACUCUUGAUUACCUAGCACCAGAAAUGGUGGAGAACAAAGCUCAUGACUAUGCAGUUGAUAAUUGGACUUUGGGUGUCCUAUGUUAUGAGUUUCUGUAUGGCGUCCCUCCAUUUGAAGCUGAGAGCCAAACUGAUACAUUCAGAAGGAUUAUGAAGGUGGACCUCAGCUUCCCUUCCACCCCUCAAGUUUCGGCUGAAGCUAAAAAUCUCAUUAGCCGGCUUCUUGUGAAGGACUCAUCCAAAAGGCUCUCUCUUCAAAAGAUAAUGGAGCACCCUUGGAUAAUUAAGAAUGCUGAUCCUACUGGUACCUGCUCUAAAUUGCUCUUUGAUUAAUUUUAUUAUUUUUUGGAAGGCUCUUUCCUCCAGACUCUUCCAUGGCCUGUGCAAUCAGCACCGUUAUAUUUUAGAUCCACUACAGCUAUGCAAUGGAACAAAGUGACAUUAGAGUCCCAUCUUGUUACCUGUAGCCAUCAUCAUGUUCUGUACUUUGCGCAAAGGCCAAUAUACAUAGAAGUCAUUAUACACAAGUAUUUUCAGUUUUGCAACUGCUACCUCUCUCCUGGUUUAUACAUGUAGUUUUGUGGACUACUGA